AUGGUACACCUCAACGUUGGGGGCAUUGACCGGGACAUUGUCAUAGCAUCUGCAUACUUCGCUGGAGAUUGGCCAAUUACACCGCCAGAGGAAGUACAGCGGCUAGUACGAUACUGCAACAGCAGGAAGUUGCCAAUUAUAAUUGGAUGUGAUGCCAACGCACAUAACACCAUUUGGGGAAGCACGAACAACAACGCUAGAGGUGAGUGCUUGCUUGAAUAUCUCUUAGCUAACAAUCUCGAGACAUUAAAUGUGGGGACUACACCAACUUUUGUCACCAGAGCGAGAGAAGAGGUCCUGGACGUGACAAUUGUUAAUGUCGCUGCCAGGAAAAAUGUCACUUCCUGGGGAGUGAUGAACGAACCUUCACUCUGUGAUCAUAGAAUUAUCGAGUUCAAGGUGGAGGGAGAUAUAACCUCGCCCCCCUUGAUUCGGAAUCCCGGAAAGACAGAUUGGUUUCUUUACAGAAGCAAUCUGAAGAAUAAUUUAGAACAAAUCGGAAUAGGGCGGGAAAAACACCGUCAUUACGAUUUUGAGCAACAUGUAGAGCAGCUAAGUGAGGCUCGAUCAAGUAAAGAAGCUCCUUGGUGGAAUGACAACCUGUCAAACCUCCGAAAGGAAGUCCGUCAGCUCUUCAACAGAGCCAAACGAGACAGUAACUGGCAAGGAUAUACUGAGAAACUCACUCAGUACAACAAGGAGAUCAGGAAGGCCAAAAGACUUAAUUUUCAAGCCUUUUGUGAAAAUAUCACUUCCACUCCCACAGCAGCCAGACUUCAGAAGGUCAUGGAAAAAGGGGGAACUAACCCCAUUAUGUCGCUUAAGAAGGAGAGAAGGAACGAGCCAGUCUUCUUCUCAAAACUCACUUCCCAGGUAGUGAACCAAUAG